AUGAUUAUAUUAGUUUUGAUGUCUAUAUUUGGAUACAAUAUAAAACACAUAAAAGAAAUAGAAAAUUAAUAAUAUAAAAAUUAAUUAAAUAAUUAAUUUAAAUUUUCUGGAGUCGCUUUAAUUAUUGGAGUCUCGAUUUAUUCAUUUGAGGCUGUAGGGCUUAUAUUUUCAAUUAGAAACUCAUUACCUGAUGUUGAUGUUCAUUUCUUUUAAAUUUUAUAUGCUUUGGCACUUAUUAUGAGCUAUCCUUUAUAAUUAUUACCAGCUUUUGAAAUUCUAGAAAGAGUUGGAUUUAUAAGAGUUUAUAUUAAUAAAGAGUAAGAUAAAGCUGGAUAAUGGAAAUAAAGGAGGGUUUUCUUUAGAAUUACUACAUCGAUUAUUAUUUGUUUAAUUGCUUAUUCUAUUCCAAGAUUUGCUAUUUUUUUAAAUAUGCUAGGAUCUGUUGCUGGAGCUACUCUAUAAUUUAUAAUUCCUGUUAUUAUGUUUUUAAAUUAAUUCAAAAGUGAUAUUACUAAUAAGAAAAAGAUCGAAGUAUAUUCUUAUCUUUUUAUAGGAGUUAUUGGAGGACUUUUUGCUUUUAUUUUCUCUGUUAUCGAGCUAUUAAAUCCUGAAUGA